UUUAGCAGUAGUGCAUGCAGGGUUACCAACAACUGAUGUCGGCAGUAUUUGCUUUUCAGUGUGGAGAUAGGCUGUCAUUUUAAACCUUUUUGGUUAUGACAGAUGAUAAAACAAAUGAAGUUCUAUGACGCGCAGGAGAAAUACGUAUGUCAGUUGUCGGUUUGGAAGAUAAUGAGAUUAACUAGGUAGCAAUUUAGAGAAGUCUUAUAGUGCAUUUAAGUAAGUAAUCGCAAUGGAAACUGGUCUGUUAAAUGAUUUUUACUGUGAGAAAUACCGCAGGGCAACAAUGAAUUCCUUCACCAAAGGGGUGGAAGAGCAGUCCUAUCCUCAGCUGGACCUCAGUGGAAAAUUAAUUAUUAAGGCUCAAUUAGGAGAUGAUGUGCGCCGCAUUCCUAUCCAUAAUGAAGCCAUUACUUAUGAUGAACUGGUACUAAUGAUGCAACGUGUGUUUCGUGGGAAACUCAGUAGUUCAGAUGAUAUUACUAUUAAAUAUAAAGAUGAAGAUGGAGAUCUAAUCACUAUUUUUGAUAGUUCUGACCUUGCUUUUGCUGUUCAGUAUAGUAGAAUUCUAAAGCUGCAAAUUCUUGUUGGCGGUGAAGCCCCAACACACAAUUGGAAUGCACCACCAGCUCAUGUAGGCAUUAUUCGCAGAGAGUUACAACAUAUCCGUGAUAAAGUUAAUCAUUUAUUGGAUUCCUUGGAGCCUCGGGCAGUAGAGGUUACAAGCUCAACUGCAGAGAACCAUUCGGGACCCACAGAACGUGGAAAUGCUACAUCAAAUUUAAGCUCUCGUGAAUUUGAUCCAUUGCAAGAGCAACUGGCAUCUAAUAAAGGUUCAGGGGAAGGGGAUACAUCUGCUACUUCUAGAGAAGAACACCCACCAGAAGUGGUGUAGAUACUGCUCGUGGGAGCACACCUGAUAGCAUUGGAAGUUCAGGAUCAAGAAAGGUUUCUUCAGGAUAUGACCAGACUCAGUCUCAGUCUUCUCAUCCACAACCUCAGCCUCAGCCCCAGUCCCAGCAGCAACUCUCUCAGCUUCCUCAGCAGCAGCAGAUGACACAGGUCACUCCACAACAGCCUCCUGCCUCUGUGUAUCAGCAAUACCAACAAGAACAAGGUGGACAGUCUCAGUCUCAACAACAGCCAACCCCAACUCAACAACAGCCUCCGCAACAGGCCUAUCAGCCUGCAGGUUAUCCAAGAUAUCCAGUUGUUGCUCCUUACAGUGGGAGCCAAGUUGUACCCCAACAGCCACAAAUGAUGGUACAACCCGGUCAGCAAGCUGUACCACAAAAUGCAUUCCAAAAUCCUUAUCAGGCCUAUGCAGGAGUGCAGCAACCGUUUGGACCACAAGCUGGGGGAACCCCAGGAUUUCGCCCUGGUGCACCUAGUCAGCCACCUCAACCGCCUCAUAGCUAUGCGUCACAAGAAUAUGCUGGUCCUCCAAGUGCAUACAGCUCUCGUUUCAGUGCACAGCCACCUGUGCCACAGCAGCAGCAACAGCAGCAGCCUCCUCCUCAGCAACAGCCGCAACCUGGUGGAGGAAAUCCAUAUAGCAAGGGAGCUUACGGUCGCCCUCCCUCCCAGCCCACUUACCAGUAAUUUUUACUUCUCUCUCCCAGUCUCCUGAAUGUAGAAACAUUUUCUGUUUGUUGGUCUUUGUCUCCUUCUGGUCUCUUAUGCUUUGUGAUUCCCAGCACAAUAAUCUUCUGUUGUGUUAAUUGGGAGCAGACAGUUGCAGAAGUUAGAGGACCACCAUGUGACAAGCAUUGCUGGCCUGCGUAUCAAGCUCCCUAUGAUUCUGAAUAUGAACGUUUAUGUUGUAAACACAGCUCCAAUUGCAAAGAAGUUAGAACCAUGGUUAGAGAUUACCCAAACCUCUCUUUCACUUCGUCUUUAAUUUGCAAAGGAUAUGAUAUUUUAGAAUAUUAUUUUACUUUUGUAUUGAAUAUAUUUUAAUGGAUAUAAAUGUGAUUGGAAGUUUUGGGGCUCAGUUCUUUUUGUAAAUAUAUAUUGACAUUGAUAUUGUGCAGAUAAUACAGAUAUUAACAGUUCAGAUGUGCUGUAUUCUGUGUAAUUGAGAAGAGAUUAAAAGUGUUGUGUGUUGUAUCCUUCUGUUUAUUUAUCAAAGCUGGUUAUGUGGGCCAUGCAUCAGUGUGUAUUAAGGAUGGGUUUUUGUGGGAUUGUUUGUCAGUUGUAUCUAAUUGUAAAGAAUAGCAAUUUAUAGAUUCCUCUUGAUGGACAAUAUGUGUUUAACGCUGAUAGCUUUUGGGGAAAAAAGAAUUUUGUUGAAUGCUACUAAAAUUAUUGUUACAUAUAUUUAAAAGUAUGAAAAAAUUGAUUUCUGCUUCUUUAGUGAUUAAUCAAUGGCAAAAAUCUGUUUAUUUCAACAAGUUUAUGUCUAGUUUAUCAUAAGUUGACCGAAAAUCAUGAUUAUCGUGUUAUAUGUUUUGUAAUGGGUUUAAGCUUGUAAGAGCUAUUCCAAAGUCAUAUAUGCAUGUGUGAAAUAAUUAUUCAUGAUUUUAUCAAGGUGGAUAUAUUUGCAAAGAAAAUGGAAAAUGAAAAGCUUUUCGCUAUUGAUGUUACUUCUGCUGAUGUAGUUAGUUUCUUAUUGCUGUGCAUCAUUGUAUUCAUGUCAUAAAUGAUAAUAGAAUAGCUAUCUAAUAGAGGACAAAUCUGAAGAAAAAAAGGUUCACAAGAUUUAUUCAAAUGAACUGAACUGUCAUCUAUUUUUGUGAACAGAUUAAAGUAUUCUUGCAUGGUUUCUAUUUCUUUUGACUAAAACAUCAAAAAUAAGAAAAAACAACAAACUUGAAAGUGUGUUAUCAGGAGGAUUGUACUAUUUACUACAUAAAUGUAGUUCUAGACUAUUCAGUGUGAUCACACUUAUUUUGAUUUUUGUCAGUUUGUUAAACUGCUCACUUUUGUGAAAAAUCAAAAUAAGGUAUAGUGUAUUUUCUUUCUUUCGUUAUGAGCCUCAUUAUUUCUGGGUUAAUAAUCUUUACUGUAGGGUAUGAUAUUGACAGAUUUUUUUCCUCCAAAUAUUAAAUACAAAUAAAUAAAUGUUUAUUUGUUUUAUCCCUGUAAAAUUUAGGGUAUAUAUUUUUUUCUGAUAUGCUGGAAUAGAAUGAAUGCAAAAAUAUUUUAUUGAACAUAAAUGUUUCAAAUAAUAUUCUUCUCUUUUUAUUGGUUGGACUCCAAACUUGGUGCUGUACAAGCUACUUUACUUAGGCAGGGAUAAAUAGGGCAGAAAAUAAUUGGUAUAAAUAGUGUGUAAAUAGCAGAGCAUAUAUAUAUAUAUAUAUUGAAGUCUGAAUUUGAACAGUAGUUCCAUUUGACUGAAGAUUUAAAAUUUAAUAAAAAAAAAUUAUGACUGAGUAAUAUUACAUAAAUACUGUGGAUUCCAAGGGGAAAAAAUUGUCUAACACUUUGAAUAUUUUGAUUUUUUUCUCUUCCCCUUUGCAUGUAUUAUACUUCAUUGUGUAGAUCUUCACAGGUUCCAUUUCACUGUGCUCAAUGAAGAUCACGUGGAUGUCAAUAUAAUAUUUCUUGUAAAUUGCCUUUUGUGUAAAUUACUUCAAAAUAGUAAGAUAAUGUGAUAGUGCACACUACAUAUUGUGAUUCUGAUAACCAAGGAACGUUAGCAAAAAUUCAGAGAAUUGUCCAGUAGUGAUACCACUAACAUUUCACAGAAUUGUUUUAGAAUCAGAGUUUUAAUAUUUAUUUUCAAUUUUGUUGAUGCACUCCUCAAUUGAAUUUGUAAUCAUAUAAACCAUUUUUUAAUAAAAAAUAAAAUUAUUAAUUCUCAGGAAUCAUUUUACUAUUCUAUUAAUUAGUAGUUAGUAAAAAUUUGUGUCUGAAUUUUUAAUUUAAAAUAUGAAUUAGGAUUUUUCAAGAACAUAUAAUAGUGGAAUGCAAUAUUUUAGAGGAUAUGUAUUGAAAAAAAUUAUAAGUAACAAUUUGCUUUAUAGUGAAAUUUAUAUUUAAGUGUUUUUUUUUUAAUAGUACAUCACAAAUUGUUUAUGAAACUUUCAAUUAAGAUGUCUGAUGAGUGUGCUUUAUGUAACAUAUCACCAUAUCAUCCUAUUAUAUGCAAUAAUUCGCAUAAACAUUACUAAUUGCUGUAAGAUGUAUGGAUAUCAGAAAAAACAUUUACUUACAAUUAUUAAAUACAUAAUUUAUUUGAAAUUUUGUUUCAAUAUUUGUAAGUAAAAGCUGUCAACAAUAAACAGACAAUAUGUUAUUUUUAAAAAGAUUGUUAAACUUUUCUAGAUUUUCACUGUUAGAAUUCAAUUUAAUAGCAAACUCAUUUUCAGUUCAUAUUCUUUGAAACUGGGGGGUUUUUGGUUUUACACUGUUUUGAGUAUGUGAAAUGCUCGGUUUUCUUCAGAAAUUCUAGGUAAUCUUAUGUUUGAGCGUAAUAAAAUUAUCCCAACAUUAAGAUAUGCUACUUUCUCCAUACCUUGCAAAGAAUGUUUAAAACAAUAUUAUGUGCAAAUUUCCAUGUUCUAGUCAAAACACUAAAAUAAAAUUGAUCUUUAUAUUUAAAACAUUGAGAAUUACAAAAGUAGGAAUUAAAGUUUGUUUUCUUCUUGUCGAAAACAAAGUGAAACAAUGCAUAAAAAAAAGCUAUGAAUAAAAGCAAGUAAUUCUACAAACAAUGCUUGAAGCCUAUCAAGAUGAUUUUUUAAAUAUAUCUCUAUGUUAGUGAGUAUAUAAAACUUCUUUCCCUAUUGUUCUGGAAGAUUUGCAAUACGGAACUACCUGUUUAAUUAACACUUUAUUUUCAUAAAAAUCACAUAAGAAAAAGACUUAAAUGAUUUUUAAGCAUAAAUUACGAAAAUGUCAAAAUUCUCUGUUUUCAAACUCAAACCCUGCUUUCAUGGGCCAAGUUGUGUGAAAGUUUCAUAACAAUAUUGGGUCUUCAAAGUUCUACAACUGUUUGUUCGCUGUGUCAUAGAAAACAGGUCAAUCUGCUGUGGUUUAAGCUUGUUUGCACUAUGACAUGACAAUACUUCUUGUUGACAGCCAUGCAAAAAUGUAUUUCCCUCUAUCUCCAUCUCUCUCUCUUUUUCUGUCUCUCUCUAUGUCUAGCUAUCUAUCUCUCUCUCAUAUAUAUACUACAGUGUUUUAAUAUUCUCCAAAUUCAAAAAAGAAGUGUACAAAUAAUAAGCAAAUCCCACCCAUGUGAUUCUUGGAUGCCUCUCUUUAUUAAUCUAGGUAUUUUACCAUUACCUUUUCUCUUAAUAUAUGUAUCUGUGGUUUUUGUCAAAAAUGACUUACGUAAGGGCGGGAAUAUAUUUUCAGCAAACACCCUUGUCUAUAACUACAACACUCGAUGUAGUAAUCAUAUUCAUCAGGAAACAGUAUCAACAGCUCAGUACAAAAAAUUCACAUAUAUAACAUGUACAUUAUUUUACAACACCUUGCCAGAUGACUUUAAACAAUUAAAUUCGAUACAACAGUUUAAGUCCCAAGUAAAAUCUUUUCUGCUGCCCAUCUGUUUCUAUUCAAUUACAGACUAUACCGAACAUCUAAAAGGAAAGUAAUAUUAAUUUUAACAAUGACAUUUAAUGUAAUAUAUAUCAUUUGGAUUGUAUAAUUGUAAAGAUACUGUAACAAGUAUUGUACUUCAGCUUCUGGGUCAAUGACCCCCCAUCUCGAUCAGGUUUUCGUCAAGUUUCCCUGAUCCUCGAGCAAAUGCGGAGAUGGACCCUUCUUUUGUUUCUGGACAUAAAUGCAACUCCAAAUUAACCUCUCCUCAUAGAACGUCACACACAGUUUUUAAUUGUUUUUGACAUAAAUAAAUAUGCUGGUUUUAACACGAAUUACACUUUACUUCUUGCCUGAACAUGUAAUGCUAAAUGCUCUCUAUACGUUUUCUCAUCUAAGAAAAUUUCCUCACAUUCUUAUCACUAAUCGAAGAACAGAUGCUCAUUUUAUCUGUAUUCACAAUUGAUAUUUAUAUAUGGGUGAGGGUAGGGAUGCUAGAAUUUAAGGAAACAUUCACAGAAUAUUUUU